AUGUUUCUCCUCAUUCUCCUCUUAUCCGGAGUGUCCCCCCACUCGAAUUCCCCCCUCUCCAAGUGCCUCCAAUCAAUCUCCUUGCGAUUUUCCGCCAAAUCUGAGACAUUUUGGGUGUCCCACAACCAGAGUGACCUUUUCGACUCAAAUUUUUUGAAAAUUUUGACCUCUCAAGGUCACCCAAUCUCAAUUUCGAGUGACUUUAACCCGGAUUUGGGCCACAAUUUCUGGACUCAAACCGACAACUACUUGAUCGAAUCCUCCAACGACCUGGAACUCGAAUCAACACUCCAAAACCUCAAAUAUUUACACUCAUGGAACCCAAAAUCGAAAUUCAUCAUUGGUGUCAACAACUCAACUGAGACAAAUUUAUCGAAAAUGAUCGAAAUUUUGUGGUACGAAGGCAUUUACAACUUUAUUUUGGCCAUUUCGAGUUUUGACAAUUCAAAAAUCACCAAUUUGUACAGUUGGUACCCUUACAAGUGUCAAAAUGGCUUGAAUUUUGACCAAUUUCGUCUUUUUGACACCUGUCAAAAUGGCGUCCUUGUAAAUGGUGCGAAUCUAUUCCCGGUGAAAAUCCCCCAAACUUUGCGUUUUUGUAAGUUGGUAGUGGGAGCAGUGGUGUGGCCCCCCUACGUCAUGACCCCCACCACCAGGGUUGCCAACACAGACCGUUACAUCGUCACUCAAGGGCUUGAAGUGCGACUAAUUGAAACAAUUUGUCAAAAACUCAAAAUGAAUGUCAGUUACACCAUUUCGGAAAAACCCCUAAACUGGGGACAUUUGUCGGAAAAUGGCACCGGGACCGGUCUGAUGGCACUCCUGAGACAGAAGAAAAUCGACGUUGCGAUAGCAUCAUUGACACCAACCUACGAAAGAUUAAAGUUUUUCGAAAACAGCCAAUCGUAUUACUUCGAGUCGUUCCGGUGGUGCGUCCCGCAUGCGCACACACAACCAUCAUGGCGGAAGGUACUAGACGCAGUUAGUACCAACCUAUGGGCCACGUUUUUAGGGUCUUUCAUCGCGUUCAGUUGCCUAGUCUGGAGUCUGAGCCAAAGGAGGCCAGAAACACACUAUCGCAGGCUUACCAACUGUUUCCAAGCCCUCUACGGGAUUGCAUUGUCGAUUUCUGUGCGUCCCCACCCCAAAAGUCACUAUUUACGUUGGAUAACCUGUUUCUGGUUAAUUUUUUGUUUCAAUUUUGGCAUCCUGUAUAACACUAGACUUGUCAGUGUCCUCACUAAACCCACAUACGAGACACAAACCAAAACUAUAGAACAAGUGAUUCAAAAUAGGUUAGGUUUGUUAUUACCCUCGAGUUUUUUCAGCCAUUUUGACAAAAACUUGUCACUAAGUGACGAAAUUUUAAAUAUGAGUAGUGAAUGUCACGACAUGAGAGAUUGUUUGAAUCGAGUGGCUUAUGACAGAGACAGCGCCAUCUGUCUCUCAUCGACUUACAUUUAUUAUGUCAAAAAGUCAUACAUUAGUGACAAUAAACCGCUCAUUUUUUGUUUUUCCAAUAAUAUAGCGACAUAUCCGGUUGUAUUGUUAAUGAAAAAAGGGUUUCCGUUAAAAUCCCGUUUAAAUGAGAUAAUUUCGAGGCUUGUAGAAGGCGGAUUUGUGGAUUUUUGGGCCCGGCAGGUCUACACCCAUAAGUGGAAAAGUGAAAUGUCAAAAUUAAACUCAACUAGUGACAGUUAUGUCAAUAUGGAACGCCUCAAAUCAGCAUUUGUGUGUCUUUUGACCGGUUUAGUAACCAGUUUUGUUGUUCUCAUUUGCGAAUUGGUCCAUUUUGUGUUUAAUUUUUUGAAAAAUAAACAAAUUUUUAUAGUUUAG